UACUAUUGCGUUGUCGUAUUGUCGCCAUCGUGCUGUUGCAUUGUCGCCAUCGUACUUUCGCAUUGUCGCCCUCUGGAUUUUAAUGUGUUACCACGAUGGAAUAACGGUAUUCCGUAGUUAACGCAUGGAACAACAACUCUUCUUUGGAGAUUUUUCCCUUUACAGACCAAUCGAAUUCGGAGGUGUGUGCACGUGUUUGUUUAUUUUCCGACGCAACUCAUUGUAGAAAGAGCUUCUGACCAUCAACUGUAUCCCAUCUAAUACGAAACAUGUCUGAGAAGCCCUUUCCAGAGUCCCAAGGAGCCCGUGACAGCCCAUUCAGGAAGUGGGAGCGCCCAGACCGCCCCAGCAGGUGUACUUACCAUGAGGCUAGCUCCCCCAAGGACUCUCCACAUGUACACCUCCCUCUAAUACCGAAGCCAGCGAUCAUGUCGUCUGUGCUAGAUAACAUUGGAAAUACACCUCUGAUCAGACUAAACAGGAUACCUGCAUCCGAGGGCGUACAGUGUGAAGUUUUGGCAAAGUGCGAGUUCUUCAAUGCAGGAGGCAGUGUAAAGGACCGUAUAGGACUGAGAAUGGUGGAGGAUGCAGAGAGGAUGGGCGUGCUGAAACCUGGAGACGUACUAAUAGAACCUACCUCGGGCAAUACGGGUAUUGGCAUGGCACUGGCAGCUGCUGUGAAAGGCUAUAGGUGCAUUAUUGUCAUGCCAGAGAAAAUGAGUAUGGAAAAGGUUGACGUCUUACGAGCUCUGGGUGCUGAGAUAGUGCGAACUCCAACCAGCGCAGCUUUUGACUCACAGGAGUCACACAUCAGUGUUGCUAAGAGACUGAUGGAGGAGAUACCCAACUCUCACAUUCUUGACCAGUACCGUAACGCUAGCAACCCUCUGGCUCACUACGAUGGAACUGCGGAAGAGAUCUUGCAGGCUUGUGGAGACAAGGUGGACAUGGUGGUGCUGAGCGCAGGCACAGGUGGAACUCUCACAGGUGUAGCCAGGAAGUUCAAGGAGAGGUGCCCAAACUGCAAGAUCAUUGGUGUGGACCCUGCUGGUUCCAUCCUGGCUGAGCCAAGUGAAAUCAACAAGACCACCAUCACUGGCUAUGAGGUGGAGGGAACUGGCUAUGAUUUCCUGCCAACUGUGCUCGACAGAAAGUUCGUUGACAAGUGGUACAAGUCUUAUGAUCAGCAAUCAUUCCAGAUGGCACGACGUCUGAUACGUGAGGAGGGACUGCUAUGUGGUGGCAGUUGUGGGGCCACUACCUACCUUGCCCUGCAGGCCUGCAAGGACUUUGGGCUCAAGAAGGGGCAGAGAUGUGUGAUUCUUCUUGCGGAUUCUGUCAGAAACUACAUGUCGAAGUUCCUAAGCGAUGACUGGAUGAGCCAGAGGAACUUUUUGAAGAUGGACCAGCAGAUUGGGGACUCCAGCACCUGGUGGUGGAAGCUGUCCGUGAGCGCCCUUAAGCUGCAGAGCCCUAUCACAGUGACCCCUAACGUGACGAUAAGUGAAACCCUGGAGCUGCUGACCCGGGAGGGCUUUGACCAGGUGCCCGUAGUCGAUAAGGAUGGGGCUGUACAGGGCAUGGUAACCGUUGGAAACAUGAUGUCCAAGGUUGUGCGUGCAAAACUGCAGAAGUCUGACCCAGUUUCCAAGGCCAUGUACAAGCAAUUUAAACAGGUGCAGAUGGACACGUCCCUAGGUCAGCUGUCCCGUAUGCUGGAUACAGACCACUUUGUCCUUGUGGUGCAUGGACAGAAGCAGUACGAGGGAAGCUCCAAGACAGUUCAGAGGCAGAUGAUCUUUGGUGUUGCUACCAGAAUUGACCUGAUUAACUUCAUCACGGAGAAUGCUCCAAUAAACGCAGAAAAUUAAACUGUUGCAGCAAAUCUGUCACAAAUGUUUUAACACAAAAUGUAAACCUCAAUAUAGAUACUAGUAUACAUGUAUAGAUAUAUAGAUAUGUAGAUAUAUAUGGGCUUUUUUCAUGACUGUGGUGUUAGGAUGGGUUUUAUCACACAAGUUGAUCGUGUGACGUUGUAUUCCAUGGAGUCCGAAGGAAAAACCACAACAAUGUUAUAUACCACUUAUAUUAUAUUAUUAUAUAUUAUCUUCUUAUGAUGAAAAAACUUAUUACAAGUAGCAAAUGCAACAAAUAAUGUAUAAAUUCUGAUCACAAAAUUUACAUAAGACCUAUGCAAAUAUUGACGUGAUACCAUGACAUGCUAUCAUGACAUCAUUAUGACGUGUACAUGAAUGACAUGAUACAAAAAUCUGUUUGUUCUAGCCAUUUUAUAUGGAAAUGGAUUUCACACUUAGGAAUGCAAUCCUGAUCUGGUCUUCUGUAUUUGAUACCAAAAAUACACUAGUAUUUCAGAAAGGAUUCUUUAGGUGUAAAAUGAAUAUAAGUUAUCAUAAAAGAAAUCUCUCAAACACAAUAUAUAUGUAAUGUAUAUCAAUGUAUUUUGCUCAAAUUGUCUUACCUGAUAGAUUUAAGCCUGUUUUUUCUUGUGGAGUUUUUUAGUAAUCAUUUUUUGAUUGCCGAUGUGGAUUCUUAUUAUUCACACUGCAUGACGUAUAUAUUGAUGUUCAUUUUGAGUCUGUGUUUUUAUUGAACUGUUAUUUUUAGGUAAUAUUGAUGUUUAAUGUUUUAUCUUAAUGUUUCAUGGUUUUUUCAUAUAAUUUGAUUUCAUACAUGUUUGUAGUAAUGAUGAUCUGUUAAGCUUUUAACAACAUGUCUUAUAUCAUUUUGAAGUAAUUAAAAACAAAGUUGCAGAAUGCUUAUAUGAGUCAUGUUGUGGGAAAAGCAGGCUUAAUGUAUCCCAUAUAAGCCUGGCUAGUGCUUCAUCAUUGUAAAGGCUUAAUGUAUCCCAGAUAAGCCUGGCUAGUGCUUCAUCAUUAUCAAAUUUGUGUGUAAGAAUUCAACUUAAAAAUCAGGAUAAAUGCUGUUAAGUAAAAAAACAAAAACAUUGACACAGCACCUUGUUUGUUUUUCUCUUAUCUUAAAUUGUUUUGUCUUUCAUUCUUUUUAGUUGGAAUCUCUUUCUUGUUAAUGAGGUAUUAUUAUUAUUUGAUAAAAUAUUGUGAAGGAUCAUAUUGAUGUAGUUUGUUUUUGGAAAUAAAUAUAUCAGCUGGUUUACAGGGUUA